CAAGAUUAAGCAUUUAAACACAUUUCGAAAGCCGGGCACUCCAGAGGUACCCCUGUUGCUGAAACGAUAACAAAGUGAAGAUGUUUUAUCAGUUCGUGGUGUUGUUGGUUCUUGGUGCUGUCGCCGCACAGAAGAAGCCCAACAUCAUCGUAAUCGUUGCAGACGACAUGGGGUUCAACGAUGUAGGUUUUCACGGUAGCAACGAGAUCCCCACCCCCAACAUAGACGCGUUGGCCUACAACGGGGUGAUCAUGAACAGCCACUACACCCAGGCCCUUUGCACACCCUCCAGAUCGGCGUUCCUCACCGGGAAGUACCCCAUCCACCUUGGAAUGCAACAUCUGGUCAUUCUCGAACCCGAGCCGUGGGGAUUACCACUAAACGAGACUCUUUUACCGCAACAUCUGAAGAGAAACGGCUAUGUGACACACGCUAUAGGCAAAUGGCAUCUCGGUUUCUUCAAAAAAGAGUACACCCCGACCUACAGAGGGUUCGACAGCCAUUUCGGCUACUGGCAAGGCCUACAAGACUACUAUAAACACACAGUGCGAGCCACGUACACACCGGAAUACGGGUACGACAUGCGGCGUAACAUGACGGUAGAUUGGAGUGCCCAAGGCAAAUACUCGACCACGCUCUUCACCGAAGAAGCUGUGCGUCUGAUUCGCGAACACAAUACUGAGAACCCUAUGUUCAUGUACCUGGCGCAUUUGGCACCUCAUUCCGGGAACGACGAAGACCCGCUUCAGGCUCCGGAUGAAGAGAUUGCGAAGUUUGGGUACAUCGCGGACCCGGAAAGGAGGAUUUAUGCUGCUAUGGUUUCUAUGUUGGAUAGGAGCGUGGGGAGCGUGAUUGCGGCCCUUCGCGACAAACACAUGCUGGAGAAUUCGAUUAUUCUUUUCAUGAAUGAUAAUGGGGCCAAACCUGACGGGAUACAUGCUAAUCAUGGGUCGAACUAUCCUCUGAGAGGGAACAAGAACUCUCCCUGGGAAGGUGCAAUGAGAGGAGUCACCGCUAUUUGGAGCCCGCUUAUCAAGAAACCCCAAAGAGUGUCCAACUCUCUGAUGCACAUUUCCGACUGGAUCCCGACUUUCUUCACAGCUGCCGGACUCAACAAAUCCGAAUUGCCACCAAUGGACGGCAUCGACAUGUGGGAGUCCAUUUCAGAAGGAGCAGAAAGCCCGAGAAUCGAACUUCUUCACAACAUCGACGACAUUGAUAGUUACGCUGCGAUUCGUAGAGGCCAGUGGAAGUACCUCUAUGGCUCCACCACCGGUGGCAAAGGAGACGCUUGGUACGGCUCAAAUGGCCGCAACAAAGAGUAUACCUACGACGAAAAAGCAGUAUUAACCUCCCAAGUCGGCUCCACCCUUGCCGGAUUCACCACCUACCAACAAAUCCAAGAAAAAACCUCCAAGAAACUCAGCGACAACUCCUUCACGCGAAAACUCCUCGACGACGAGAUCAUCAGAAGCCUGCGCCACUCCGCCGAAGUCAAAUGCCCCAAAGUCAACUUCGACGACCUCAACGAAAACAAGAGGUGCAACCCCUUGGAGUCCCCGUGCUUGUUCAACCUCCACGAGGACCCCUGCGAGCAAAUCAAUCUCGCCAGCGAGAGACCCAUGAUUGUGCUGAACAUGGAGCGAGCUCUGGACAGAUUGAGGAAGACUGCUUUGCCCAUCAGAAACAUCCCGAGGGACCCCAACGCCGACCCGGCUAAGUGGAAUAACACGUGGACGAACUGGCAAGACUACGAAGUUGUGAAGAAGGAGAAGAUUACGCACAACACGCUGUCGCCGCUGGCCAUCGGGCUGAUUUCAGCUGCGUGUCUUGCUUUCGUCGUUGUUAUUAUUAUUUUGGUGACGCUGUCGGUGAAGACUUCUGCGAUGAAGAAGAAGGCGAACACCGCGUUCUUUGAUGAGUCGCUGGAGCAGUGCACGACGCAUAUAAACGGGAAGUCGCAGCAUUUUGAGGAUAGGGAGUUGCAAGUUAGAGACAGUAUUAGAAAUGCUUUUAGGACGGUGGAGUAAGCGACAGACCGGCUUUUGUAAUGAAAGUCUGGUUUUGUUGAUGUGAUGUAAGCCAGUUUCGGUUGUUUCUUAUAGAAAUCUCUUCAAACUGCCUCUAGGAGUAAGCUGUUGUACAUAUUUAUUUAAUUUAAUUGUAAUAUAGUGAUUUUUAAUUUAAUAAAAAUGUUUUUAUGAAA